AUGGCCAAAGUAGGGCGUGUUCUAAGAGAGAGACAUGCCCACGAUAUGGCGUGUUCUCCCUGCGGGGUUAGAAAAAUAUUUGUGACCUAUGUAAGAGAAUUGAGAAUUGAGCCAUCCGAUCCUUGUACGCAUGUACUUCCUGGUCCAUAUAGGUGGGAGGUACUCCGUAAGAGGACACAGCGCAGUCACGUUUCACAAGUUGUGUGGAACGAGGAUACGGUUAGGGGGUUAAAGACGAGGCGAGGGAAACUUCAGGGGGGACCCCAUCACGAUGAUAUACCAGACGUUGUCGCUGACUAUUUGACACAGGCUGGGUUCAUACACGUGGCACGUAUGAGUCAUGUUCAGAUCAAUACCCCUUUGAUCUCUGCUUUGGUUGAGCGUUGGAGACCGGAGACACAUACAUUUCACAUGACGCAGGGAGAGAUGACCGUUACAUUACAGGACGUGGCUGGUAUACUUGGUUUGCCUACUGACGGGCAGGCAGUUACCGGAUCUACAGCAUUGGAUUGGAUUUCUAUGUGUCAGCAGGUUUUUGGGACUGCCCCAGUUGCGGGCACAGACAUUCACGGAGGCGAUCUACGUAUUUCUUACUUAGACAAGAUAUAUGCUGAUUGGUUUACAGUAGCACACAAUCCAGAGGAGGUGAGGCGUUACACCAAGGCACACAUUUUGCGGCUAUUAGGCUCAUGGUUAGUGUGUGACAGAUCAGAUGGCAGCAAAAUUGCUUGUCGUUACGUUCCACUGCUUGCAGGGGACUUUACGGACAUUGGCAGAUACAGUUGGGGGUCUGCGGUUCUCGCCCAUCUCUUUAGACAUUUAUGUGUGGCAACAAACCCGCGGACUGUAAAUCUGGGUGGUUGUCACGUAUUACUGCAGAUAUGGGCUUGGAUUAAAUUCCCCCCCAUUGCACCACCUAUCCCGCAGCCUACCCACCCGGAGUGGCAUUUUGGUCACAGGUUUAAUUCCCUACUUCCCUUUAAGCCACAUGAGCAGUCUUGGUAUCGGGCAAACCUUGACACGCUUUAUAGAGACGAGGUUGUGUGGCAGCCAUACGGAGAGUACCAUACAACAUUGUUUGUUUCUGAUCAUGAGCGGUACUUAUGGUUGUCCAUUACUCCUAUCAUUUGCUUCCAUACAGUUGAGUACGCUCAACCGGAUCGAUGUAUGCGACAAUUUGGUUUUGAUCAGCCCAUACCGCGGAGACCAAGAAAGCUUAAGGGUGUUCAUGAUCUAACUCUGCGAGGGAAGAAGGAUGAUAAUUGGGAGCGUAAGUUGAGGCCCUUCAUACAUCGAUGGACGAUCAGGGAUACGUCUAUACGUUUUCCCCCUGCACUGGUCGGGUUGAUGUCCCCGAACCAUGAGUACCUACACUGGUACAGACAGCGAGGGAAACGGUUUGUCGCCAGGAGAGCUGCCAGGGUUGGACGAGCAAUUGAUGGGUUGGAGAUGCUAUAUUUUGCGACUACUGCGGAUCAGUUCCCCGCCUUUGGCUUAGAGUGGGUCCAUGACGAGAUUGGUCGCAUUAUUGCCAUAUUCAGAGAGUCGGCACGAGUAGAGGAGCCAGGGCCAGAGGCUCCACCUACGCAGACUGUUGAGGAGCCGAUGUUGACCAUUGAGGUGCCCAGUGGCAGGCAGGAGGGGCAUGGACUAGGACGACAGCGAGAAUCGGUUCGAGCGAUACCCGAUCCUAUUAUUGCUCCUAGACCGCGCACUGAUAUGCAGGGUUGGUUUAGACCGCCAGUGCUGAGCCAAGCAGGCGGGCCAAAGCCUAUGUACCAUGGUCCUCCUCCGCCGCAGUAUUAUGAUAGCCAGCCAAGUCCAUAA